AGGCCUCCUCAAGCUCUCUGUUAUGGAAGUGAAGUGGAUUCAUGUGUUGGUCAUCUUCUUCUUCCUGCUGUCUGUUGCUAUGACAGGCUGCUUUCUGUGGCAGUACAGCCUCCCCAAGGUGGAACCCAACCCAUCUGUGAUGGAAGUAAGAUCAGAAUCUGUGCAGAUGUGCCCACGCUACCCUGAACCAGUACCACUGGACCACCCAAUCCCCAUUUUGAAGGAAGCAUUGGAGAAGGUAGACUUGAUGCUACGCCAAAAGAUUCAUACCUCUGGUCUACCUGCCAUGUCUGCCAUCGUUAUCUACAAUGACACUGUGCUCUGGACAGGCAACUUUGGGAAGAAGAAUGCUUCAGAUCCCUUCUCAGUGGUGCCCAAUGAGUACACUAUUUACAGAAUCGCCAGCGUCUCCAAGAUCUUUCCAACCCUUAUGCUGUACAAGAUGUGGGAGGAAGGGAAAGUCACGUCUCUGGAUGACCCUUUGGAACGUUACGCCCAGAACUUUGCUAUUAAAAACCCUUUGGGAAGGUUCAGGGAAUCAGAACAGAGAUACACAGCAGAUGGGCUGAUCUUUGUGGAAAAAGGUUCGAUGCCACUUAAGCCAUCGCCUGUUACCUUGCGCAGAAUGGCCAGCCAGCUCUCAGGUCUCCCCAGGAGGCUGCGAUCUACCAGCCUGCUGUGGAAGGGCAACACACAAGAAGCUCUGGCUCUCCUGAAGGAUGAUGUCUUGGUGGCUGAUCCUGGAACCAGAUGCCACUACAGCAAUUUGGCCUUCUCUCUGAUGGCACACGUGCUAGCUGACCAUGCAGCUGACGGACAGUACCAGCGAUGGAUCUCAGAGAACAUCCUGGACCGCUUGGGCAUGGAGGACACUGGCUUUGACAUCACGCCGCCCAUCCGCUCCCAGAUGGCGGUGGGUUUCUACAGCAGCCAGCUGCCAGCCCCUCUCUACGACCUCGGCUGGUACAGACCUUCUGGACAGAUGUACUCUACAGCUGCUGACCUUGCCAAGCUGGCAAUGGUGUUUUUAGGCACCUAUCACCGUCGUCUCCUAGAGCCUGACACAGUGAAGACAAUGCUGACACCUCUGUUUAAAUGCUCCACUGAAUACUUUGCCAACAAGACUGGAACGCCCUGGGAGAUUAAUGAGCAAUUGGGAUAUGAUGUCAUUAGGAAGGAUGGAGACCUUGAUGGCUAUUCAGCUACUUUCUCACUGAUCCCCAAGCUCCGCCUGAGCUUCAUUGUACUGAUGGCUGGGCCCAGGCCUCAGGGUGGAGAUCUUGUGACCCAGACAUACGAGUAUCUCAUCACUGCCAUGGAGACUGCGUUCAGAGAGGCAGAGAAAACGCUGACUCCUCCCCCAAACCCAGUCCCUUUUGUUGGCUAUUACACCUAUUCCAACCUGACUUUCUAUGAGAUCAAAGUUGGACGCGGUGGGGUGCUGGUCAUGCAGCAGUUUGGGCCUCAUGCUGAAGAGCUGAUCCCUGAGAAAUAUCGGACAAUCAAGCUCCAUCAUCUGGAAGAUCGCGUCUUCCAAGUUGUGUUUGACAAGGAGUUCCCGUGUGUUCUGCAUCUGGGCUCUGCCUCCAUCUCACUGGAGACCCAGAAUGGGCAGCUCUUUAAUUUUUAUCCAUUUGAUCGCAAGGGUUUGUCUCCUGGCUUUGAUGCACCAGGGCUGAACACAUACAACGUGGUGCGUGUGCUUCGUAAACCUGUAUUCUAUAGCUAAAUGUCCCCUCUUCUUUUCUGACUAUUCCUGAGGGGUGGCUCCAAAUCUGCAUCUUUCCAGACUCUCUUUCUGUGUGGCUUUUUGGAUGCCAUUAAUUGGGAAAUAUACUGACAAAUGACUAUUAUUUCCAACAAAUAGAUCAUGUCUCACUUCUGAAAUGACUGCAAUGGCUUGCCAUCCCUGUUCCUGCAUGGCAGUUUGGCCAGCAAUGGGGAUGCCUACAGAAAAAAAAAGAAGAAAAAAAAAACAGGUAGAAAUGAGGUGGAUGAAUGGUGUUUGGAUGCCAUAAAAACCAAACCAAACCAAACAGGUUUUAUGUCUUCACAAUUAAAAUGCCUAUAUAGUGGCCAUUGUGGUGACUGACUGGAGCCAUCAGAGGGCUGGGAAAUUCCUUUGUGUCUCUUUCAGGGCUGUUGGUGACCUCACCUCCCAUGACCAAGAUUUUUUCAAUGGAUUUGCUCAAAAACAGCACCAGCAUGAUACCAGGCUCUGCUUGUGAUACCUGAGAAGUGGGAUUCCAUUUCUUUCCAUGUUCACAUCAAGUAAACUGUGUAAAAAGCUUAAAACAGUAUGGUUUUUUCUUGGCUCCAUGGAUUUCUGCAAAAGCUGUGGUCACACUAUGGAUUUUGUAGCACUUAAUUGUAAAAGAUGAAGCAUGCUACUGUGAGCAGGGUCAUAUGAGCACGUACUGGUACAUUCCAGGUGGAAUCAAGCUUGUCACUGUCUCAGUGCAUAGAGUGAGUGUGAUAUUUGAGUGUGAUAUUUAGGUGUGUGAGUGUGGUAUUUAAGUGCAGGAACAUGUGGAAAUGUGUAUGAGUAUUUGGGGCACAGUAUCUGUGCAGAUAAAUACCUAUUUGGUGCAUGCUCUUGAGUGAGGAUGGGAACUGAAAAUGCAUUCCCCUGGGGAGUAGGAUAGAUGCACACUGAGGGUAGAUGCACCUCUAAGAAUUCUGCAAAGCAACAAAUUCAUUCCCUUCUCCCUUCUUGUGACCAGCCCGCUUAAUUUAAGUAGCCUAACUGCAAAGUGUGGUAAUGGCUGUACAGCAUGGAAAUCCUGCAGGAAGUGCAAAGGUUAAGCAUACUAGCACAGUCAAAGACUUCAAAGUGUUUAUUCUUCCACACCAUCACUGGUAUGAAGCUGGGUCCUCUUGCAGAGUGACCUCCUUCUCCUGUUUGCUCAAACAGUCUUGAUAUUGGAUGUCUCUUUGAGAGGGUUGGAAAGUAAAUCUCCUGGCACCUUGUCCCUCUUGGUUUCUCUCCCUGAUUUUAUUCUGUGUGUAGUUCCUCCGCUCUAAUUUCAUGUAGGUACCAUCACUAAAGGCCUAGAAACCUAAUCAGCAAAUAUGGUUCCCUGCCUUUUUUCAGACAAUUUCAGUUCCUUGGCAAAUAUACGGAAUAACAUGAGCCUUGCCUUACAAUCAGCCAUGGUUGCUGCUGUAUGGGUUUCCUCAUAUGUUUAACGCCCUCAUAUGUUUAAGUAUUUAAUCUGGGCUAGAGAAACAAUACACUCAAUGCAAAUUCUCUCUGUAGGCCAGUUACGUGUGCUUAUGCCCAGAGAUGAGGUUGCAGACAUGAUGCACUGCUGUUGUAUUUCCUGUAGAGACGCCUAAACGAUGUCUUGACAUGCCUGAUGUAACAGAGACUGCUCUCCUUGCUUUGGAACUUAUACAUCAGCUAUCAUUAAAUGCCUCUGAGUGAUUAUAUCACGCUCCCACAAACCCACCAAGGCAAGUGCCAUGUGCUUACAGUGGUGGAAGCAACCACUGGAUUGCUGGAAGCAUAUCCCACGUCCCACCACACUUCCCAAAGCACCACCCUGGGCUUUGGCAAGCAAGACUUAUGGUGACAUGGCACCCCAGAAGGAAUGGAGUCCAACAAUGAGACUCGCUUCUGAAACAGCCUCAUAGACAUAAUUGUAUUGUGCAUCACUUGUUUUGUAUAUUCUUAUAACAUCAUUAUCAUAAUUAUUUUCCCUUCUUCUUCUGUCCUAUUAAACAGCCUUUGUCUAAA